CGAGCGGACGUGUCUCGGAUUUCGAAAUUCGAACGCCCGUAUUGUUUUUCCUGAAUAAAAUAAUCGAAUAAAUCAUUUUCAAAAUUGUGUUCCUUAAAUGUUUUUCGUUACUCUGGUGAUGCGAUCGAAAUAGCCAUGCAGUGAAGUGUUUUGACGUAUUGUUUGUUAAUUAUUACAAAUUCGCUUAAGGUGUUUUAUCGUAGAAAUUCAGGCGUGAGAUUUUGUUUAUUUUCAUAGUAACAAACCUUUUUUGUUUGUGGCACGGGAUACACGUGUGGUUGUAUGUGAAGCGAAGAGGAAUUGGAAUUAUUUUUUUAAUUUUUCCGGUUCCUUUUUGGGGGUGUUUGCGAGGACACAGUUAUCUAAAGAUCUAGUGGUAUUGGCGCGCUCGAAUAGAACGAGUAACUACGAAAAGAGUCAAAGAUUUUCUGGAUUGAAAUAAUUUCUCCUCCAGUCAUAAACGAUGAGGAGAUAGCUGAACACGUGUCUGAUACCAACCAUGUAGCAGACGCAGCAAUGCCAACAUAACCGCACAACAAAAAAACAAAAUGGCUGACAAAGAUUGGGCUGACUACUAUGGCGUACAGUACAACAACUCUCGACCGAAUAUUAAGCCUGGUUUAUACGAAUCGUAUGACGCAGAGAAUGACGUCAUAGAUGUAGUUGCAAAGGAGAAUUAUAGUUUCUAUGACAACCAGACGUUUCCCCCCUAUUCAAAUUUUACUACUGAUGAUUUUUGCGCGAAUUAUUCACAUGUUUACAUCAACGUUACAUGUGAGUUCGCGAUCAACUAUGCUGAACCUAUGUAUGGAUACAUCGCGCCCUUCCUCCUGGCAACAACCAUCGUCGCCAACACCCUCAUAGUAGUCGUCUUAUCCCGACGCCACAUGCGCACUCCCACCAACGUGGUGCUGAUGGCGAUGGCGCUGUGUGACAUGUUCACCAUGCUAUUCCCUGCACCCUGGCUCUUCUACAUGUACACCUUUGGCAACCACUACAAGCCUCUCGGGCCCGUGCAGGCCUGCCAGGCCUUCAACUACAUGAACGACGUGAUCCCGGCAAUGUUCCACACGGCCAGCAUAUGGCUGACGCUGGCGUUAGCAGUACAACGAUACAUCUACGUGUGCCAUGCCCCCGUCGCCAGGACUUGGUGUACCAUGCCGCGGGUGAACAAGUGCCUAAUAUACAUCGGUAUUGCGGCGUUCCUGCAUCAGCUGCCGCGAUUCGUUGACCGGGAGUAUGUGCCACACACCACAGUUUGGCGUGGGCACUUUGAAGACGUCUGCAGGAUGCAAAUGGCUCCCUGGGUGCACUCGAUCUCGCUCGACGCUUACUUCAUCACCUACUUCGGCUUCCGCGUGCUGUUCGUCCACUUGAUCCCCUGCACCUCCCUGGUCGUCCUAAACGUACUCCUCUUCAGAGCCAUGCGAGCUGCCCAACUCAACAGGCAGAAACUCUUCAAGGAAAACAGAAAGUCCGAAUGCAAAAGACUCCGGGAUUCCAACUGUACCACCUUGAUGCUCAUAGUCGUCGUCACUGUCUUCUUGAUGGUAGAAAUACCUGUAGCGGUGGUCACCUUGCUACACAUCAUAUCAAGUACAAUGGUCGAAAUUUUAGAUUACCAAAUCGCUAAUUUAUUGAUUUUAGUGACAAAUUUCUUCAUCAUCGUUUCAUAUCCGAUUAAUUUUGCGAUCUAUUGUGGGAUGUCCAGGCAGUUCCGGGAGACCUUCAAAGAGUUAUUUAUAAGAGGAACGGUGACCAGUAGGAAGAACGGGGGUUCCAGUAGAUACUCCCUAGUUAAUGGACCUAGGACCUGCACUAACGAAACUGUGCUAUAGACGAUUAGUUUUUUUUUUGUAAAUAUAUCGUUUCUUAUGACGUAGCGUAAGUGUGCAAAGAUUUGGUUUGUCUAUGUUCACAAGUAGACAUAUCAAUUGUUUAUAAAGCGCAGAACAAAAUGUCUAAAAUACUUAACGCCUUGAUUUUUUGUUGUUUUAGUUUUAACUUAAUUGUAAGGUAGUUUUUUUAUAAUUUUGCCAUAUUGUAAAUAUUCUUAUUACAUUUCAUCAUUGUUGCUGGUACUUUUUCGUGGCUGUGCGAUAACCUGAUCUUAAAUUAAUAAUUAGGCUAAAUGUAAUAAAUUGCUUAGUAUAUUUAAUAUAUAAUUUGUUAUAUAUUAAUCAGCUAAUCACACGGCCCGGUAAAUGGUGAGCCCCCAUUUAGGAAAAGUAUCAUUCAAUUUAAUUAAUAAAUUGCUUUUAUUCUAAUAUUUAAUUUUUAUAAAUGUGCUUAGAUUAUUAUAUUGUAAAAAUAUAUAUUAUUGCGAGUGAAUGUAAAUAAAAAUAUAAUUAACAUUACGGAAUAUGAAUUUAUAAAAGGAGUUUUAGCAUAGAUUUAUGUAAAGCCAUAGGUUAUAUUUAUAAGAGAAAUGGAGGUACUAAACGUUAUAAAAUAUAUUUCUGUUAUAUUAUAACAAUAUUUAGUAAUUAUUUAAUCGCCUGUGUGCACAAAGUAGUUAUUUAUGUAUGAUUA